GCCCACCACCCCCAAAGCGCGCUGCUACCCGACCUUUCGUCCCCCAGGCAUACAACCAGAGCGGACAGCCAAUAUGCCGGGUCCUAAGACUACCCUUCUCAUCGAGGGCACCUUCGAGGAGCUUGCCGACGAGCUCGCACAGUACAUCGACAACCUCAAAAAUUCCCAAACCGAAGGCAGUUCCAUCGUCCAGGCCGAAGUAGCGGAGCAGCUGAAAGGAGACAAGAAGGAUGAGGCGCUCAAGAAACUCAUUCUCGGGGCUCCUGUCCUGAAUCAGGCUCCGGAGAGGGAGUUCAUAGCGGCAUACAACCUUCUCAUUCACCUCGUAAAGCAGUCGCCUAACGUGGGCAUGUUCCUCCCGAAGAUUUGCAACUACCUCACCUCUCCCAUCACAUCCUCCCCCGCGAACGGCGGCGGUCUUGCCUUAUCCGUCCUCAGCACCAUCUUCAACACUCUGCCUCCCACGAGCGAGUUGAGAUUCCACAUUCUGCUCGCUACCGUGCGCGUUAUCCGACAGACUUCCAACUUCGAGACUCUGCGCCCGCAGCUCAAGCAGUUAGACCGGUGGCUGGAAGCAUGGGAAGUGGAUGACGAGGAGAAGAGGAAACUGUAUCUUGCAAUUAGCGACACCGCGAAUGACGCAGGAGAGGAUGAACAGGCGUACAACUACCUUCUCCGUGCCCUCCGCACUUUUCCUACUGAGGAGACUUCAUCGCCUGAAGCCCGCGAACUCUCGCUCCGCGCUCUCAAGACGGCCCUCACACAUCCCAACCACUACGACUUCCAGGACUUGACCGACCUUGAUUCAAUUCAAGCUCUACGGAAUUCCGACCCCAUUUACUUCCAACUGCUGGAGAUCUUCAACUCCGACGUCCUGGACGACUUCAACGACUUCAAGGAUGAGCACGAGGGCUGGGUUGAGCAGUCAGGACUGGACGCCGCUGCGUUGAACCGGAAGAUGCGGUUGCUGACCCUGGCUUCGUUAGCCGCGUCAACAGGACAGACGCGCUCGUUGCCUUACGCACACAUCGCCAAAGCGCUCCAGAUCCCCCCCGAAGACGUCGAGAUGUGGGUCAUCGAUGUGAUCCGCGCCGGCCUCGUAGAAGGCAAGCUCAGCCAGCUCAAUCAGACGUUCCUGAUCCACCGCUCGACAUACCGUGUCUUUGGCGAGCAACAAUGGAGAGAGGUUGCAGGCCGUCUGGACCUCUGGCGCAAUAGCUUGACGGACGUACUGCAGGUGAUCCAGCUAGAGAAGGAGAAGUUCAUCCAGGAAAAGGAGAACGAGCUCAGGCAGGUUGAGCAGAAGCUGGAGAGCGCGAAUAGGGGGCAGGGGCAGGGGCGGGGCAAGGGACGGCCACGGGCUACGAUUGACGAUGAAAUGGACUAGAUACCGGCUUCUCUCUUCCUGUUUCUUUGAUACGCUUGGAGCCGUCUCAUGGCCUGACGAAGGAAUGCAUUUCGGAGAAAUUCUCGGAUAUGGAAGGACCUACUACGUAGGCAAGAUGUUGCACUGCAACAUGGAAAAUCAAUUUAGAUGCUCAAAUUUUC